AUGAAGUCGGCAUUGCUCUGGGCGGUGCAGCUGUCGCUGCUGGCAGGCCUCGGUGCCUCUCGCAGAAACGUCGAGCAGGUCUUGAGCAUCCCCACGGGCUGGACAAAGUUCCAGGAUGUCGUCAACCCUGCGCGUCACAUGCGGCUGUCGAUUGCCUUGCGACAGCCCAACAUUGAUCAAUUGGAGGCCAAGAUGACGGAAAACGACAAUCGGCUGUCGUUGGAGGACAUUGAGCAGCUGCAGGCCCCCGAUCAAAAAGACGUUGACGCCGUGCUACAGUGGCUGUCUCAGAACAACCUCACGGGCGUUGUCGACAACAACUUCAUCCACGUCACGACGACCGUGGCCCGAGCCGAGCCCUUGCUGGGGAUGAAGGUGAGCCGCUUCGCGUUCAAGGACAGGAAGCCGGUGCUGCGAACCACAAAGUACACGGUGCCCGAGUCUGUCGCCGGCUCCAUCAGCUUCAUCCACCCCCUGGCCAACUUCAUGACUGCUCGCCACAAGCCAGAGCUUCUGUCUGCGCCGCCAAAGCCCGCGUCCAAGGCCGCCGCUGCCGACGCAGACAACACGGUGUAUUGCCCUGGCAGCGUCACGCCCGCGUGCCUCGCCCAGCUCUACAACAUUUCAUCGUAUACGCCCGCCAACAACAAGUCGCCCGUCAUCUUUGGCGUGGCCGGAUUCCUCGAGGAGAACGCCAACCUCCAGGAUCUGCAGCAGUUCCUCAGCUCGACUGCGCCCAACGUCGCCCAGGCGGGAAAAUCCAUCACCGUUGAGCUGGUCAAUGGCGGCGUCAACUCGCAAGACCUGGCCGAGUCUGGCCACGAAGCGGCGCUGGACGUGGACUACGCCGUGUCCGUGGGCUUCCCUACAAACGUCACAUACUACGCCACGGGCGGACGAGGCGUCAAGCUGGACGACAACGGACAGCCCAUCUCGGGCGAAGACGACGACAACGAGCCCUAUCUGGAAUUCUUCAGAUACCUGCUGGCCAAGCCCGACCACCAGGUGCCUCACGUCCUGUCGUUGUCGUACUCUGACGACGAGUUGUCCGUGCCUCGAGAGUACGCUAAGCACGUCUGCAGCUUGUUUGGCCUGCUCACGGCCCGUGGAACGUCCAUCAUCUUCUCGUCUGGCGAUGGCGGCGCUCGAGGCGGCCGCGACUCGUCGUGCCUCACCAACGACGGCACCAAGCGCCCCGUCGCAAUGGCAACUUUCCCCCCUACCUGUCCGUGGGUGACUUCUGUCGGCGCCGUCACCAAUGGCGCAGAGCCGCCAUCCGGAGCCAGCUUCAGCACCGGCGGUUUCUCCCAGUACUUCGCCCGGCCGCAUUGGCAGGACGGCUCCGUCAAGAACUACGUCCAGGCGCUCAACGGCCGACUGGACGGCCUGUACGACCCGUCUAUGCGCGCCAUCCCCGACGUCUCCGCGGUGGGCACUUCCUUCAUGAUCAUUGCCGGCGGAAUCCCGCGCUUCUUGCAGGGCACCAGCGCGAGCGCCCCAGUGUUCGCCUCGAUGGUUGCGCUCAUCAACGAUGCUCGGUUGCGCGCCGGCAAGAGAUCGCUGGGAUGGCUGAACCAGCACCUGUACUCUAACAAGGUCAAGAAUGUCUUGCAGGACAUUACGGUAGGGAAGAGCCUUUCCUGCGUGUUCAACGACACGGAGGUGCCAGGAGGAUGGCCGGCGGCACCAGGAUGGGAUGCCAUUACUGGGCUAGGCGUGCCCAAGGAGUUUGACAAGUUUUUGAAGGUGCUGUAUGAUGUAUGA